AUGAGACCUAAAGCACAUCAAACCCUCAACUUGAAGCUCCUCAUCGUAGCGGUCUUGGUUGCCUUUUUUCUCCUCUUUGUGCUAAGAUCAAACUUUUCUACUUCCAGUACUUCCAGCCAAGACCACCUGUCCCCAAGUUCACAAUCAUUAUCUCAACCAAAAACAUGGAGCGAGAUAAACAAGGAUUGUUCCUUAACAUGCACGAAGAUCCCACCUUCCUUAUCGCAAGCUCUCAUCCACUAUUCAACCUCAAGCAUAACACCACAACAAACACUGAAAGAGAUAUCAGUGUCAGCAAGAGUUUUGGAGAAGCGAUCGCCAUGCAAUUUCCUAGUAUUUGGGUUAGGCCAUGAUAGCCUGAUGUGGAGUGCACUGAAUCACGGUGGUCGGACAAUAUUCCUGGAAGAAGAUGAGGCGUGGAUAGAGCAAAUAAGACGGCGGUUUCCCACGUUAGAGUCGUACCAUGUGAGCUAUGAUAGCAAGGUGAAUGAGGCUGAGAAUCUAAUGGAGGUUGGGAGAGGAUCACCUGAGUGCACUGCAUUGGGAGAUCCUAGAUACUCAAUUUGUCAACUUGCUUUGAAAGGUUUGCCAAGUGAAGUGUAUGAAACAAAAUGGGAUUUGAUAAUGGUGGAUGCACCGACAGGGUAUCAUGAUGAAGCACCUGGAAGGAUGACUGCUAUAUAUACGGCUGGGAUGAUGGCAAGGAACAGAGAGGGUGGAGGAGAGACGGAUGUAUUUGUGCAUGAUGUGAACAGGGUCGUUGAAGAUAAAUUCUCCAAUGCAUUUCUCUGUGACAAGUACAUGAUCCAACAGGAAGGCAGAUUGAGGCACUUCACUAUUCCCAGUCACAGGGAUGGCGCUUUCGACAGGCCAUUUUGCCCUCUCUAG